AUGGAAAUGAAAAAGAGACUAUUUGGCAAAUCAGGAAAAUAAAUUUAAGGUAUUGUUCAAAAAUAUCAUUAAAAUUUAUAGGUUCAUGUUCUGGAAAUAAAACAAUUAUCUUUUAAAGAAACAACAAAUAAUUAAUAAAAAUUGAAAAAGUUCAAGAAAUUAAGAAUGAAGAUUUAGGAAAUAAAAUAUGUUUAAUUAAUCAUUGUUAGUUAUCUAGCUUAUAGUAUUAUAAUGAUUAUCUAUACAUGUUUUAAAUGA